AGUGCUUACACAACGCCGAAGGUAACUCUGAAGAGGUGGCGCGGGCCGAGACAUGGCGGAAAUCUCUGCCCCUUUCGCAGGUCGUUCUUAUUUAAUCAGAGCUGGGCACCGCAGAGCCCAGCACUGCCCCCGAGUGGCGAGCCCCCCGCCGAGCCCAGCGCCCAGGGCCAGGCAGCUCCGGGGCGGCCCGACCCAGCUCACCGCUGAGCCGCCCGCACAGCCAGCCCCGCUCGGCCGCGCUGGGUCCGAGCGAAUCCCGGGCCCAGCGCCGCCAGGGCCCAGUUCAGCGUCCUCCGCGGAGGCAGGCACGCUCCGCUGCCCCGGGCCCGAGCUCACGCAAGGCCGAGCUCCUCCGGAGCCCAACUGCGCCUGGGCGGCGUCCGGAGCCCAGCUGCGCCAGGGCAGCGCCCGCGGGCGCCCCCGGCCCGAGUGGUUUGGGGCCGAAUUCAGCCAGGGCCCAUUUCAGCCCCAGCGCGCCUGCAUGCGACGGCAACGUUGCGCCAGCUGAACGCGGCCCCCUCGAGGGGCCGCCCGAACGGCGAGGGAAACCCCCAGGUCGCGAGUGGGCCGUGCGCGAGAUCCGCCGCAUCCAGGAGAGGCUGAGCUGGGCCCCCACCGAAGUCGAACCCAGGUGAGAGCGGCGGGCCCGAGGGACGCGGAGGUGGGCGCUGGUCGGCCGCCCCAGGCGAUCGCGUUCAGCCAGGGCCCAGUUCAGCG